GUCAUUUCGAUACAGAGGACAGUUGGUCGAUACUCUCGAAAGCGAAGAACUCUGUGUCUGCUCGCCGGAUCGUUUCAUUGUAGCUUCUAAUCUUGUCUUUCCGGGAAAGUCAAGGUAGAACCUAAUAGAUCUUUUGAUUUUGCAAUAUGUAUUUUUACACAUAGACUCGGUCUAGGGGUUUAUGAAUACGUUUCAGGAUUCAAGAUUUGGCUAAGCUUCCGGUAAACAAAAAUAAAGACUGGAAAAAAAAAUGUUCAUCAAAGUCAAAUUGCCAUGGAAUGUCAUCAUACCAGCUGAAGCAAUGGACCCCAACGGCCACAUGAUCCAAACAGCUGUUCUCACUCGCUUACUAGAUGCCUUUGCUUCCAAGAAAGCAACCAAAGAUGUCGGCUACUUCAUAGCACUCAAAAGCUUGGAGGAAAUAGGCGAGGGGAGAAUCAGAGAAACCACUGGCGAGAUUGUCUUCCCCGUUGUUUUCAGCGGGAUCACCUUCAAGAUGUUCAAAGGUGAGAUCGUUCGUGGUGUGGUUCACAAGGUGCACAAGUCCGGUGUCUUCUUGAGAUGCGGCCCUUGUGAAAACGUUUACUUAUCACAUUAUAAGAUGCCUGGUUACGACUACGUUGGACAAGGAAACCCGUUGUUCGUGAACGAGAACAUGUCCCGGAUUCAGAUCGGUUCCACGGUUCGUUUCGUUGUGCUUGAUAUCCAGUGGAAAGAGGCAGAGAAGGAGUUCAUUGCUUUAGCCAGUCUUGAAGGAAUCAAUCUUGGCCCGUUCUAAAAUAAUUUGUAAUCUGAUUAUAUAUAUAACGCUAUGUAAAUAAAUAAUUAAAUAAAUAAAUAAAACCUUUACAAUGUUUAUUCAAA